UAUCGUCAUCAUGAGUCACUAGACUCACACGAGUAAAUAUGUGAUGGUGGUGUGAACUGUACAAGUACUUAUAGCUCGUGAGACAGUACAAAUGCCGCGGGGAAGUCGCCAUCACUUGCCUUUCCCCUCCAAUUUAUCUUCCAUUUUUUCCUACCCUCUAUUCAUUGUCAAACUCCCAACUCAGAAGAAAAAGCAUAUAUAUAUAUGUUUACUAAUCGUUUCACCCGACAACACAUUACCAUCCUAGUACUAUUUUAUAGAUGAUUUGUUUUGGUCUAUAAGCUCAUAGAACAUACUUACCAUACAUUAGGAUCAAGUUUGUGAAAAUCUUGCCUGGGCUGCAAUUACAUGUGGGUUUGCCGUUUAGUGCAUUGUUUGAUUGGAUUGCAGCGGAGAUGUGGUAAAAAGAUUUGAUUUUUAUGUCGAACGAGUAAGCGGAGCAAUGGGUUUUUCUUCUUGUUUUGGAGUAUUUGAUUCCCGUAGAGAGAAGACUGCAACUGUAACCGAAGGAAUUACUACAAACAAUCUUAGGCUGUUUUCAUAUCAUUCUUUGCGAUCAGCUACGAGGCUUUUUCAUCCUUCGAACAGAAUCGGCAGAGGUGGUUUUGGGGUCGUCUAUAAGGGAAUUUUAAGGGAUGGAACUCAAGUUGCCAUCAAAACUCUUUCUGCUGAAUCUAAGCAAGGGACUAAUGAGUUCUUGACCGAGAUUAAUAUGAUAUCGAAUAUACGACAUCCAAAUCUCGUUCAGCUGAUUGGAUGUUGCAUAGAGGGAAAUAACAGAAUAUUGGUGUAUGAAUAUUUGGAGAACAACAGCCUCGCCGGUGCCUUACUCGCCUCAAAGGGCAAACGCCACGAACUGGAUUGGUCCAAGAGGGCUGCAAUAUGCAAGGGUACAGCUUCUGGCCUUGCAUUUCUUCAUGAGGAUGCUGAACCACGCAUUGUCCAUCGAGAUAUAAAGGCCAGCAAUGUGCUUCUCGAUGAGAAUUUCCUCCCAAAAAUUGGUGAUUUUGGAUUGGCAAAACUAUUUCCUGAUAACGUCACUCAUGUUAGCACAAGAGUAGCAGGAACAGAGGGAUACUUAGCUCCAGAGUAUGCGUUAUUGGGGCAACUCACCAAAAAGGCAGAUGUUUAUAGUUUCGGAGUGCUCCUACUCGAAAUUAUAAGUGGAAAAAGUAGUAGCAAGGCUGCUUUUGGGGAUGAUUUCUUGGUUCUGCUUGAGUGGACCUGGAAACUGUUCAGUGAAGACAGACUACUAGAGAUUGUAGAUCCGGAUCUUAUUGAGUAUCCACAAGAUGAAAUAAUGCGCUUCACUAAAGUUGCACUAUUUUGCACGCAAGCAGCUUCGCAACAAAGACCAGACAUGAAACAAGUGGUGACGAUGCUCUCCACAGAUGUUAAUCUUAAUGACAACAUACUAUCAGAGCCGGGAUUGUACAGACCACGAAAUCCGCGUAAACCAAGAGAUGGUAGUUUGCAGAUUUCUUCUCUCUCAGACAAAGGCAAAGAAGCAGCUACUCCUUUCAUGACUUCAACUCAAUUAGAUAAUGCUUAUACUGAUACGGAGAUGGUUCCUAGAUGACGCUAUAAUAUCAAAUUAUAACCAAUGUAUCCCCCCCUGUCUGCCUAGUUAUAUUCAUUCUUUUAGUCCA